UCUGGAGCAGUGGAGCUCACUGCUUUCCCUCGCCUCUCAGUGCGGGAAUACUAGUGAAGCAGAAUGGAUACGGAAGGGAGUCAAAGCAGCCUGUCCUCCACAGACAACUCCCCCCACGACCCCUGCAAAAUGUUCAUCGGGGGACUGAGUUGGCAGACGACACAAGAGGGCUUGAAAGAGUACUUCUGUAAAUUCGGAGAGGUGAAGGAGUGUAUGGUGAUGCGGGAUCCCGCCACCAAGCGGUCGAGGGGAUUUGGGUUCGUGACGUAUGCGGAUCAAGCUGGCGUGGAUAAAGUGUUGGCCCAGAACAGACACGAGCUCGACUCAAAAACAAUCGACCCCAAGGUGGCGUUUCCCCGCCGGGCCCAGCCUAAGCUGGUGACCAGGACAAAGAAGGUCUUUGUCGGAGGGCUGUCAGUCAAUACCACCAUCGAGGAUGUGAAGCAAUACUUUGACCAGUUCGGAAAGGUCGAUGAUGCCAUGCUCAUGUUUGACAAAACGACCAACAGACACAGAGGCUUUGGCUUUGUCACUUUCGAGAACGAAGAUGUGGUGGAGAAAGUGUGCGAGAUCCACUUCCAUGACAUCAACAACAAAAUGGUUGAGUGUAAAAAGGCCCAGCCCAAGGAGGUGAUGUCUCCGACGGGGUCUGCCAGGGGCCGAUCACGGGUCAUGCCCUACGGCAUGGACGCCUUCAUGCUGGGCAUCGGCAUGCUAGGCUACCCAGGGUUCCAGGCUACCACCUACACUAGUCGCAGUUACUCUGGCAUCCCGCCAGGUUACACUUAUCAGUUCCCUGAAUUCCAUUUAGAGAGGACCCCCCUCAUGACAUCAUCCCACCCCCCUGAGCUGACAGCCAUUCCUCUGACCGCGUAUGGACCAAUGGCAGCAGCCGCAGCAGCAGUAGUAAGAGGCUCCACUCCCUCACGUGCAGCAGGCUUCCUAGGCACCAGCAGCCCUGGACCAAUGGCUGACCUGUAUGCAGCAGCCAAUCAGGACUCAGGAGUCAGUAGCUACAUGAGCGCUGCUAGCCCCGCCCCAAGCUCGGGGUUUGGCCAUGGACUCGGGGGUCCUAUGAUUGCUACUGCUUUCACUAAUGGCUACCACUGAGAAGGCUCAGGUCACUGAACACAGGAUGGGCCCUCCUGGGCUGACGAUUGGAUCAAACCUGCUGGGUGCCCAUCGAUGGCACAAUUUGAUUGCGGUUCACAGGCUCUACCAGAAUGCUGGCUCCCUGCGGCCCCACCCACCAAGUGAAGAUUUGUUUAUUUUGUUUUAUUUGUUAAAUACUAAACUCUUGUUUAGUCGUACUAAUCUCACUCCAACACUCACCACCCCCACCCCUGUCUCUCCUCUUCUUAUCUCAACUGUCCUCCUAUAGGCUGAUUACUAGACAACUCCAUUUCUGUUUCCUUUACAGCAGGUUGAAAUAUGAAAAACUGCGACAAAAAAAAGAAUCAAACAAAUCUCCGGUCAAAGUUCGUCAUUGAUUUCAUGACGAGUAUGGAGAAGAUAUUUUUUUUUGCUUACUUUAUGACAUUUUUUAAUUAUGUUAUUUUAUUUUCAUGUACGGUGUUUUUUUCUCUUUAUGAAAUAUGUUGAAUCUGUUACUGACGUGAGAGAAAAAAAGAAAAAAAAAAAGAAAUGCUGUUAAAUAGGGUUUCAUUCGUUUCCAAAAGGAAUCAGACCAGUUUCAACUAUACCAACGGUCUGGUGCCUCAGGCAAAUUCCUUUAAAAAAACACACAAAAAAAGUACUCAAAAAAAUAACUAAACUCAAGUGUCACGGGAAACAUAAAAUAAUACUAAAAUGUAUAUUUUGGUAGUCUUUAAAAAUCAAACCUUUGUAAUAUUGUUAUUAAUAUUGACAGUAAUAAUGAUAAUCUGUAAGGUAUUUUAUUCUGUAAUUGGUUUCAAAGCAAUGUUUUUAUGUCUUCCUGUAAGAUAUUGUAAAUAUACGCUGGGAGGGAGGGAGG